AUGUUGCGGAAACAUGCACUGAUCAACCUCGCUUUCGCAGUGCCCAAGAACAGAAAGCCCAAAUUCGAUCUCACGCUCCGCAUCAUCGACCUCACCAACAUCCCACUCAUAGCCGGCACGGUCACCGUGCGCUGGCACCUGUCCUCGUCCACCACCGCCGACCACCGCGGCCGCACGCCCUCAGCCCCAAUCUCCGAACACAAAGCGACAUGGGAGUACGUCAAGACGCUGCCUGUGCGGCUGACGAUCGACAAGAACGGCCACCUCCAAGAAUGCGACAUCCACUUUGAAGUGCUGCAGGAGUUCCACGACGGCGGGCGUGGCGGCCGAGUCCAUCUCGGCAACGUCAAGCUGAAUCUCGCAGAGUACACACAGGUGCCGGACGUGGGCCCGGAGCGCGACCCGCAGGACGAAGGUGAGGAGGAAGGCAGCAUCACGCGGCGGUACCUCCUGCAAGACAGCAAGAUCAACAGCACGCUGAAGAUUGGCAUCCUCAUGCGCCAGACGGAGGGGGACAUGAACUUUAUCGCCCCGCCGCUCAAAUCCGCCAUGGUGGUCGGCGGGAUCGCGGGCGUGCUGACCACGGAGGCCGGCGUGCUGGGUGGCGGAGGCGGCGCCAACGGCGAGGACAUGCCCAGCAUCACAUCCAAGACGCGCGAGCUGGCCGAGGCCCAGGACAUCUAUCGCCGCACCCUGGCCGCGACGUGGGCCUGCCAGGCCGGCGAGCUCGCGCCGGACAGACUGAUCGAAAACCUGUUCGCGGGAGGGGACGGCGGGCGCCCGCCCUCGUCGCCCCACAAGGCCACCAGCUCGCGUCACCCUAACCCGGCAAGACUGGGACGCCGCGAGGAGAGCAGGAACAGCAGUUCCAGCGACGAGCCGCACCACCGACACGCACCCGCGCACACGAAUCCUUCUCAACAACGAUCCCACCCGCCAAGCACGCCCCGUCCGAGUCUGCUACCGCCGCAGACGUUCCUGACCCCGCAGAUGGCCACGGCGCCAGGUGCAAGCCCGCAGCAACCUCACGGCCACCAACGCGGCACGAGCAGAGACUCGCCCGGCCCCUCCUCGGUGACGGGGAGUCUGAACUUGUCAUCCACGCAGACGCCCGGGCCGGCGGGCCCCGGCGCCGCAGUGAGCGGCCGGUCCAGCAUCGACCAGCAGGUGCAGCAGAGUCAGGCGGAGCAUGGGAACCGACGGCGCGGCCUGGCCGAGCAGAAGGAGUACACGGAGUUUGAGCUGCGUGAUGAUUUGAGGAGUUGGAGCGUGAGGGUGCGGUGA